AUGCCGAUCCACACCUUUCCCCGAGCAGUCCCAGGUCAGGCACCUGGUGCUCAGCCCGUUCCUGCUGAGCAACAGCUUGACCCAGGCGCCGAUGUGCUGCAUGCCAGUUUUGCGGUUCUCAUCCUUGAUCACUUGCCAGAGCUUGUGACAGUUGCUCUUCGCACCCCAGCGACUGUUGCAGAUGCGAUCCAAGCUGUUGACGAAGCUAGGGAUCAUGAUAAGAGCCUGCAAUUUUCACAGCUCAUCGAGGUUCGACCUCAGCCCUUCCUGCAUCAUGGUACCUUGCUAGCACUGCCAGAUUGGUGCCAGGGUGAGCCCAUACUCUGUUUUGACACCACAGCCAUUGAUGGCCGGUUGUUUACCAAGUCCUCCCCCUGGCGUGUCACCAAAGCACAGCUCUGUCGGGCUGCAGGAUUGGAAGGAGAACAGCACGUUGCCGUAUAUGCAUUCGGGCACCCACAGCCUAUUGCAGCAGAUGAGUGGAUUGAUGUUGAGCUUGGCGGCUGUGUUUUCUUCACAAGACCGUGGGAGCCUGCCCGUAUCGGUCACAUGCUUCCAGUUAUGCUUCGAUCCCCAUACGGCUGGGAGAGCAGACCACGUCUGCCGGAGCCGGUACAUGCACGUCGGUUUUGCCUCACCCUUGACCGGGGACAUCGCUUGAUGCACUGGCCGGCCAGGUCUUUUGGGCGAUCGCACCAUGAUAUCAUUGCUGAGACCUUUGGCCUUGACAGUGAAUCGCUUACGGUUCAAGCAUCCCGCCCUCCUGUCGAGGAUGUUGCCCUUGAUGGGUACCCAUGCAUCACUGUAGCAGCAGUAUCCGAUGACAUCAGCAAGGUCCCGAUUCCCCCAGGGAGGUGGAUCCCUCCCAGGCACACUGUCAUUAUCGAUGCGAGGCCAUUGCUCAUGGGCUUUCUUCUGGAGCACUCUGUACAAGGUCGCAUUAACCACUCAGAUCUUGUUGACAAUUUGUCUGUCUUCGUUCCUGAGGGUUAUCAGGUGCAGCUUGACGGGGCUCCAAUUGAUGAUGCUGGCGAGUUCCUGCAUGUGCAUCCGGGACAUGUCCUUGUCGCCACAUAUGUGCCGCUCACUUCUAGCGAGGCCUCUUCCACUGAUCCUAGUGACAGCUCGGACGACGACACGAACAAUGAAGGCGAGAUCCUUGGGCCAGGCGAGCAUGAAGCUGAAGUGCCUGCCUCCUCCUCUGGUGGAAGCAACUCUUCGAGAUCUCGCAGCCGUACGCCCCCACGAGACACUCCUCCUCGCGCUCACUUGUCCCUUACAACCGGGAAACUUGAUGUUACAGCUGACUGCUCGGUUGCGCGGCAACUUGUGUUUGAUACGCCGACAAGCCCACCUGCGUCAACAGGAGCUCAGCUUGUUCAGACCCCGCCCUGCGGUGACAAACUUCUGACCGAGCCUGCCUGUACCACUGCUGCAGAGAGUGCCAGGAUCAAUGCUCUCCGGCGCACAGCAGCCAGGCUCCAAGAAGCGUGGCCCUAUGCCGUGCACCCUGCAUCUUUUGGCAUUGCACCUUCUGAGUCUUCUACCUCGUCGGGAGUGCUCUCUGAACAGACAGCAUGGGCCACGUUUGCAAUCCUUGUGCCAGGCUACAGUCCAGAGCUUGUUACAGUUGCUCUCGCCUUCCCGACAGUUUUUACAGAAGCCAAGCGUGCAGUACAAGAUGCUCGGUCACCAGAGGCUGUUAUGGGUUUUCCGAUACUGCAUCCAGUUAUGCCGCAAUUGUUUGCAGACCUGGCUGUCUGCAUAGCAGUCCCAGAGUGGCAGCACAGACUGCCGUUCCUGUGCCUCGAUCUCUUGGGUGUUGAUGGCAGGAUCUUUGCAGUGCCAGCUCCGCAAUAUCUCUGCUUGCAAGAUCUUCUGGUGCUAGCAGAUCUCCCUGCUGAUCUCGGUUACGAUGUCUUUGUCGGCACGGACUCGCUGCCCUUGCAGCCCGGCGUACCUGUUCACGUCGUGACAGGACAGGCUAUCACUUUUCUGCCAGCGGGGUCGCAGCCCAUGCACAAUCUUAGCAUUCAUGAAAUGCUGCAGGACUAUAGGCAGUGGUCACCUGAUGCUGUCCUUCCAGAACGAAGCCAGAUCGGCUCCUAUUGUCUCGUGCAUGAAGACAGCCACUUCCUCGUUACUGACAGUUCCGACAGUCGGGUUUCCCUUCGGGUUCGGGCUAGUGCUGCGACUGGUGUUCGGUCUGAUCUUCUCGCCCUUGUCCCUGCCAGUCCACGCCUUUCGAAUGUUGAGCUCACAGGAUGCCAGUGUCAUACUGUCAUUGCUGCAUGCACACAGCCUGCCCGAACACCAGGAGAUGCUCUGCUCAUUAUAGACUGUCGACCCCUGCUUGCUGGCUGGCGAGCUAUUCUUGUAGCGGCGUCGAGGCUUGAUGUGUACGGCCUGGCUGAGCAGAUUUCUGGAACAGUCGAUCUUACGGGCACGGUUUCCUUCCUAGAGAUCCCUUUCGGUGUUAAUGUUUUUCAGGUCACCGAUGGUCAAGUGCUGACCGCCGCUCUCACACCGAGCCAACAGGCACCCACCGGCCAUGCCCCGGCUGGAGGGAGCAUUGCACACCCAGGGGAAUCCGGGUCCCUCCGACCGUCAGACCCGAAUGAGCCUCCUCCAGACCUUGCUUCUGGUAAUGUGGACCGGAUAACCGAGCCGGGUCGUGAUCCUGGUCCAGAUUCUCGACAGCAGCUCCAGGGAGGUUAUGCAGGGGCAGUCUUUUUGGUUCUGACCCCGGAAUACCUCCCUGAGUGUAUUAAGCUUCGCCUUGCGCCAGGACAGACCCCGCUUGCUGUACUUCAAGCAGUUGCCGCCGCGCGCAAUCCUGCGGAUUCACGCCGGUUUCAACUCUUGCGUCAGGUGCCAUGGCAACCGGCCAGUGCAUUCGCUGUCAUCAUUGCCGUGCCUACCUGGAGUCAGAACAGAGUGUUUGUGUGUUUUGACUGUCGCCAGCUCGAUGGAAGGAUUUUUUGCCUGGAUGUUCCGGCUAGUCUCACACGUCAGGAUAUCCUCAGACUCGCACUGUUGCCUGAUGCUGCAGAUGUCGUUGUCUAUGCUGCAGACAUGCCAUGGCCACUCCUGCCCGGGCAACGCGUUGACGUCAGCACAGGCGCUCUCAUUCAGAUCAUGACUGCGGAUCACCCUCAUUUUACUGUCGUUCCCUUCGCGGACUGGCUGCAAGACAGUUCUGGCUGGAAUCCUCGUGCCUCUCUGCCCGGAGAUUUUCGAGACCACACUUGGAUUUUGUCAGAUACCGGGCAGUUCACAUUCAUCGUUCGGCGUGGCCGCCGUCAUGCCAUCCAGACUGACCUCGCCAGUCAGCUCGCGGUUGAUGCAGGAGACCUCCUCCUUCGAAUUGCCUCCCCAGGGGUCUCGAAUCACAUGCAUCGGGGAAAGUACACAAAGGGCAUCAUUGCUGUACUUGCGACCGGUGUGUGCGCCCAUCCCAACACUGAUGGCGACCUGACUUGCUGUCCUCUUCGAUUGCUGCCUACCCCCUGCCGUGCUACCCGUCAUCCACCUGUGAACUUCUGGAUAGGAUCUGAUAGUUCCGACGAAUCCUUUGACGGUGAUGCCAUCGCCGACAGUGAUGACGGACUUUGCCCCGAGCUUGCUAUCGCUGCCUAUUGGCCUGGCCCCACUCUUCUGCAGGAAGCCCUGCAACAGCCUGGAUGUCCUGCCUUCUUCCUAGCUAGUACUCUACUAGAAACUCUGCAGGAACACCAAGCUGAGCGGCAGCAGGAUAUCGAUGCAAGUCCGGGGCCGCAGCGCAUUUCACUUGUCGAUUGUGUUCCCGUCUCCUCGCACCAAGCAGCAGCACUCUCCCUGACCGCCUUGCUGCCGGCACCCAGAAGUGUCGAUCCUCUAGCCUCCGGACAGGAUUGGCUCGAUGCCGAUCUUCGCACCCUGCUUCGAGAUCCACAGGUACCAGAUCAUCUGCGGGCUGUCCCUUGUAACACACCGUAUCAUCUCCUGGAAGAGGAUGAUACAGCCCUCACAGGGGCGUCUUCGGUGCCGCUGCGCUGCCAGCUGCAGGACCGUGCGUCAAGCUUGCUAAAUUUUGCACCUGCCUUCGACAAUAUGCCCAGACUCUCCUUGGUCUUGCUCACGAGCAUGCGCGCAGACUCCAAGGGCUCGGCAAGGAUAUUUCCCAGGACCCCGGACCACGUGCGCCGGACCUUCAGCCCGCUGGUCUUCGAAUGCUCGGCAGAAAGGGAGACUAGAUUGCCACACAAUGGUUGCCAGCCGGACUCCGAUUUUCACAUUCUGCAGGCUGCCGCCACUGACACCGGCGUUGGUGGCUGCGCGCUGUGGGUUGCUCGAGCCAUCCCUUAUGCGCGCUGUGACGGACAAGACCUCUUUGUUGAGGAUCGACACUUGACUGUUACUGCCCACAGCCAUCGCCACCUGGUUGUCACCGUGUCUGCUCCGAGACUACUUCUUCAGGUCAGUGUCAUCCAUGCGCCCUCCCUUGCGAACACCCCUUGGGAACAUGUUGCUGACUUUUGGCGAGCUAGAAUCAGCGAAAUACAAGGUCGGCCUGAAGGAGCAGAUUUUCUCCUUCUCACUGAUGCGAAUGCUCGUGUCGGCACCGUAGCGUCCGAGCACGUCGGCGAUCAUGCCUGGGAACCCGAGAACGAGAGUGGCACCCUCUUUCACGAUUUCCUGGCUCAAGUGCAGGGGUUCCUUCCUUCCACCAUUGCAAGCUUCCAUCAGGGCACCUCCGGAACAUGGUGCACGCCUCAAGGUGAGUGGCACCGGCUCGAUUACGUUGUCUUGCCAUGCCAUUGGCGCGAUGUGGACAUUAGCUCCCGUGUUCUUGUCGAGGUCGAACUCAUGCAGAAACGCGAGGACCAUCUUCCAGUGUGGGUCCGCUGCUGUUUCGGCAAGGCUCUCCCCGCUCUCCAGUACUUCGACAACCGUCUCGACUGGUACGUGUUGGCACCUCGGAGCUGGCGGUGCAGCCGAAGCAGCUGCUACGUCACCGAGACUGGCUGCACGCCUGGUGAAGAUAUCCUCGAGGGCUUGGUCCACCCACAGUGCGAGGGGCUUCGCGUCCCAAGUACCCCCCACCACAAGAGGGCCUUUAUCGACCCGGUCACACACAAGCAGCACAUUUUUCUCGCCGAUGCCCAAGCUCUUGCAGAAGCGUUUGACCCGGUGGUCUGGACGGGUGAUUUCACGACACACCGACUCCUCCACAGUCCAGGAUCAGCCUCAGUGCCUGGACUGGCCGAAGCAGCCAGGAGUCACCCGCUGCCGCUGCCGUGUUCCGGCGAAUCCCAGCUCCUGACUGGCAAGUACCGGUUGAUUGCCACACUUGCCCUUGUGCGGGUCCGUCAGGCAUUGCGUCGCUAUCUCUCCCAGGAGGCUCAAGAGACACACCGACGUCUCCAGCUUAUUGGCUUUGCUGCCUUUGUCUCCCUGCGGCGCGGCCUCCCGUUCUCCCAGACUGCCGUUGCCCGUGCUGACUUUUGGUUGCGUGCCAUGGACGUCAGCGAAGCGUCUGCUGCAGCUCUUCUUCGAUGGUACGGGCGCCAGCUGCGUACUGCAGUUGCCCGGGACCGCCAACAUUAUCUUGAAGGGUUGGUGACCAAUGCAGCGCAAGUCGACCUUCGCUCGCCCAAAGACUUGUACAAGGCGAUUCGCAAAGCUUUCCCCGCUGCCAGGGCGGCCAGACGGAGCGGAAUCGUGCCCCUACCUGCCUUAGUCCUUGCAGAUGGCACCAUGGCGGCCACUACUGAGGACAGGGCCCUUGGCUGGCGCACCCAUUUCUCUGCUCAAGAGGCUGGGGAGGAAGUGACGACCGCCGAUUAUGUUUACAAGGUCGAGCAGGUCGUGCUCAGGCUAAAAAAUGGAAAAUCUGCCGGACCGGAACCAGUAGCUUGGCGAGGUGGCAACUUGAUGGUGUUGGCAAAAAAAGCCUGUGCCAGGCUGACCUGUGAAAACUAUCGGUCUAUCCUUGUGUCCUGCGUACCAGCAAAGGUAUAUCACAGGUGUCUCCGGGCCGGCCUUAAGCCGCAUCUUCUCUCUACCCAACCUUCCAUGCAAUUUCGGGUUCGCGACGGAGUUGGCAUCGAGACUCCAGCACUCGCCGUCCGCAGCUUUGCUGCCCUGCUCGAUGGUCUCCGUCUACCGUGGGCGGUGCUCUUUGUUGAUCUUGCCGCGGCCUUCUACACGGUCGUGAGACAGAGCCUAGUCCCUAAUCCUGACACUGACCAAGGGUUCCUUUCGUUGUUGCAUGCCUUGCAGCUGCCUCCGGAUGCUAUCGAAGAGUUGCAUGCACACCUCCUUGUUGCCUCCGAGCUGCCACUUCAGGGUGUGGGUGUGCAUCAAGUCGAGCUCGUCAGGGACUUGUUUGUCGGCAGCUGGUUUAGGCUAAGUACUCACUCUGCCCUUAUCCUCACACAUCGGGGCAGUCGCCCAGGGGACCCGCUGGCAGACCUUCUGUUUGCCUUUACCCUGGCUGCUUAUCUUCGACGGGUGAACCAACUUUUGUCGGAUGCAGGGCUCAUGCAUUCCCUCCCAGCUCCUGAUCGGAGGCCAGCCUGGUUCGAUGGACCGGACUCUGUCACCAUUGGCAAUCCUGCUUGGGCCGACGACUUUACUUGGCCCAUUACGGCACCGUCCUCCGAUGCACUUGUUGAAACCGCCCAGGUUGGCACCUCUAUCCUCCUUUCCCAUGCCUCUAGCAUUGGCAUGUGCUUGAAGUUCGGCCCCGAUAAAACUGCUCUCCUCCUGCCGGAAACAGUGAAGAAGAAUUCGGAGCGCCUACUCAGCGUUGAUGAUGAGGGUGGAUUGUGCCUUCAUGUCAGCGACAAGUGCACCGGUGCGACCUGUUUCUUGCCACUUGUCAGCGUGUACAAACACCUUGGAGGUGUGAUUACCUCCAACUCUUCGCCCCUGCCUGAUCUCUAUCAUCGAUUCUCUAGAGCCGAAGGUACUGCACGCCCUCUCCGUCAGGUUUUCUUUGGCUCUAAACAGUUCACACUGACAGUGCGCAGGGCGCUGCUUGGUGCGCUAGUCAUUUCCAAAUACACGCAUACCGGGGCAGCGCUCAUUGUACGUGCUGCUUGCCACAUGCGAGUAUGGGAGAGGCAGUACGUGCGGCUUUGGCGGAAUCUCUUUCGCCGCACCGCGCCCGAACAACAGGAACACUCCCUCGCCGUCCUCUUCCGAGCGUCGGCCGUUGCGCCCCCGCUUGCGCUGGCCAAAUCGCGUGCGCAGUUCCUUUCCAAACUCUUCUCCCGUGGCCCCCUGGACUUGGCCGCGCUCCUUGUUGACCACUACCUGCUUCAUCCGGCCUCCUCAUGGCUUGAUCAGUUGCGAGCCGAUGUUGCGUAUGCUGCCAUCUUCUUGCCCGACCUCCGGAAUGUCCUUGCUGCAGGCAAGGAAGUUGCAGGACUUGUCGAAGCUUCACGUGACAAUCCUCAGUGGUGGCCGCAAACUCUUCGACGUGUCGAGAAGUUGUUUUUUCAGGACCUGCAGGCAUGGCAUACCGGACACAUCGCCCGAGAUGCAGUCUCUGGAGUGUCUGUGCUUGCAGUGCUUGUGGCAAAUACUUCGGGGACGUUGCUCAAGUCCAGCAGCAUCUCAAGUCUUCCAGUCGAGGCACCAGCUAAGAAGCGCGCCAAAACCGUCAAAGCUGGUUGCUGGCGUGCUUUCAAGCCGCGUGCACACCCUGAAGACCCCCUGGACCACACGGCAGAGAUGGACUUCGUGCGCUUCUACACGGCCCUGAGGCAGGGUGAGAGCCAGGUAGGCUUCUGCUGCUCAGAAGAUCGCAUGUCCCUUGACGUAGAUAUCCCGAAUCGCUGA